AUGGACAAGAAGACAGAGAAGCUUAGCCUGAAGCGAGAAGUGGGGCUGGCAGGAGCCGUGUCCCUCAUCGGAGGCACGAUGAUUGGAUCUGGGAUCUUCAUGUCCCCACAGACGGUGCUCUCCACCAUCGGCAGCCCCGGAGCCAGCCUGGUGGUGUGGGCGUGCUGUGGUGUCCUGGUGAUUAUGGCCUCCUUCUGCUACGCUGAGCUGGGCACCGUCAUCAAGGAGUCCGGGGGAGAGUACAUCUACAUCCUCCGGACUGUAGGGCCGGUGGUCGCCUUCAUGCUGAUCUUCAGCUCUGUGUUGUUUGUGAGGCCUGCUGGCGUCGCUGGCAUCGCUCUGAGUUUUGCUCAGUAUGUGGUGGCUCCUUUCUACCCAGACUGCCCCCCUCCAGCGCUGCUGGUGAAGUGCAUGGCUGCAGUGGCGAUCGUCGCCCUCGCCACCGUGAACUGCCUCAAUGUGCGCUUUGCAAUGUCAUUGCAAGUGUUCUUUAUGGUGGUCAAGGUCCUGGCCCUGGCAGUCAUCAUUAUAGGAGGAGUGGUGAUGCUUAUCAGAGGCAACAAUGAAAGCUUUAAAGAUUCUUUUGAGAACACAAAUGUGGGCAUCAACCCAAUUGGCAUUGCUUUCUACCAGGGACUGUGGUCCUACGAUGGCUGGAACAAUCUCAAUUAUGUGACGGAGGAGUUGAAACGUCCAGAGGUCAACCUUCCCCGGGCAGUUGUGAUAGCCAUUUCUCUGGUGACUGGCUUGUAUCUGCUAGUGAAUGUGAGCUACCUGACAGUGAUGACGCCCAAAGAGCUCAUGUCCUCCAGCGCAGUAGCAGUUACCUGGGGGAAUAAGGUGUUAGGGAGCUGGGGCUGGAUCAUGUCUGUGGCUGCUGCGUUGUCAGCCUUUGGCUCACUGAAUGGUACCUUCUUCAGUGGCGGCCGCGUGUGCUUUGUCGCUGCCAGGGAAGGACACAUGCCAGAUAUUCUGUCCAUGGCUCACGUCCACAGACUGACUCCAUCCCCGGCUCUGAUCUUCACCACCAUCGUCUCUCUGGUGGUGCUGAUCCCAGGAGACUUCCAGAGCAUCGUCAACUUCUUCAGUUUCACUGCCUGGUUUUUUUACGCCAUCACCCUGUCUGGACUCCUCUAUCUCAAGAUCAAGAAGCCAGAACUCCCCAGGCCGUACAGCGUUCCCAUUAUACUCCCCAUCCUGGUCCUCAUUGCAGCAGUAUUCCUUGUGCUGGCACCCAUCAUAGACAGUCCUCAGAUUGAAUACCUCUAUGUGACUUUAUUUAUCUUCAGUGGAAUCUUAGUCUACAUUCCCAUCAUCCAUUACAAGCUCUGCCCAGGCCUGUUAACAAGGUUAACAGUGCUGCUGCAACUGUUUUUAGAGGUCGCCCCUGUGGAGAAAAACCUGUGA